AUGGCGGCAACAAGGAAAGAUCGCGUAUACGUCCUAAGCAACUUCUUUGUUAUGGCAUUCUUAGGAUUUGCCACAUUCAUGAGCAGCAAUUUUAUCAGACUGCUUGUGGUUGAAACCAUACAACAGGAGUCACACUGGAUAUUUGUUUACCAGAUGAUGUUAUGGUCCGUAACGGUGGCAGCCAUGUUUGUCAAGGUACCUGCAGCACCCAGCCUUAGGUACUGUCUUAGGUACAAUGCAUUCUUUCUAAUUCUCGCGGCUAUUAUUUUUAUCAUGAAGUGGUUUGAGUCAAUUUCCUUUCAUCUUAUUAUCAUAUUCUGGGCCUACUGUGUAGGAACAGCGCUCGUAAACGCGGUAGUUUUCGCGUCAUACCACACUUCAGGGGCUCGCGGAUUGGCUGUAGGUGCCAUGCUCUCAUUCCUAUCUACAUAUAUAGUCCUUGAGAUCGUGAAACAUUUGAUAUGGAAUAAGGAGGAUACCGGUAGAUAUAGAUAUCUUAUUUUUGCAUAUAUAUUAUUUAGGGUAGUUGUUAAUUUUGCGGCUAUGUUCGUUCUAGCAGCGGGGGCCAAGGACCUCCACUUAGAGGACUAUGAUUCGGCAUUCAAACAGCUGAAGACAGGUGUGAUGAUGGAAUGGCUCAGUGGAACACUUCAUGAACGGGAUGUGCAAAUUGCCCUUAGCGAAGUUGUACCAACAUGCAUUACCCCAAUUGCUGGAUUGAAGGAAAUUUUUAAAAACGGCAGCCUCUCUCUCAUUUGGCUUAUGUUCAUGACUCUCUCUUUCAGCUGCUCGAUAUUUACACCCUAUGUAGGCGUUUCUAAUUGGGAUCUCUCCGUAUUUAAAAUUGGAGAAGUUGAUCGUGCAGAGCACGUUGGUAACGUACUAGGCGCCGUAAUAGCACUCGUGUGCAAGCAGUCAUGGUGUAGCGUUACUUUAAUGGGUGCUUUAUAUCUUGUACAUAUCAUAAUCUCCAUAUUCAUGACUUGCUAUGUUCACAGCUACAGGUUGAGCAAGAACAUACCACUGGAACCCAUGCUUGUAAUCAACUGCAUCAGCGCUGUGCUGGGUAGUUUCCUCACGAUCGCCACUUUCACACAGUUCUUCGACAGGGCACUUGAUGUAUCAUGUGAAAAGAAGGAUCAGGCAGUGGAAACGUCUGAGUUAUGCUGCCGUGAUGACGAAAGUCCCCAAUGUUUAUGCACGGAACAAUUCUGCGAUGAAAGGUGUGGCAAAAAACCUUUGGAGCACACGAAUUCAUGCAAAAAGAAUAUUAAGGUAUACAUACCCCCAAAUAAUGAGGAAAUGUAUAAACUUUGGGAUCUAGAGUAUUGCCUGUUAUGCUGGAUCUACAGACAUAAUCCAGAUGAAGUUUGCAAUGCAGCCGAAGAGAAGGACAAGCAGUGUAAGGACCAGGACAGCCAAAUUUCAGAGUGUUACAUUCUCAGGAACUGCAAAGUCUCUUUAUGUGCCUACUGUGAUAUGAAUCUUCUAUUAGAAUGCAUUAAGCUGAAGUGCAGCUGUACAGAUGAAUGUAAAAUACCUUUGCCAAACGCAAACAUGAUCAAGGAGGAUGAUGAAUAUAAGAAAGAAAAGAAGAAAAGAGAAAAGAAGGAAGAAAAUAAAGGAGAGAGUGGUAGCGCUGGCGAAGGGCAAGGAACCGAAGGUUGUCCAAAUGAUAAAGCAACAAGUGGCUCAGGAGCAACAAAUGGCGCUCCACAACCACAGCAAAAAGAACAACAACCGAAAGCGGAAACUGAUGGGAAAUCCGAAGGUAAAAAGGAUGAAAAGAAGGACGAAGAUGAAAAUACCGAUGAAAAGCCUGUUAAGAUCCCACUUCACGAAAUGUGCCUUGAAGGCGAGAAUAUAUCGAUCGUCACAAUGGCAUCAACUGAUUUUGUCAUUCGCGAUUCCACUUGCUGCACUUGCAGGCCGACCAACACUGAAACCGAGGACGACGGUGAAUCCCGUGGGAGGGAUUUCGAUGUCGUCUCUGUCUGUUGUUACGCGUGUUGCCACUAUGAUUUGAAGGUCAUGCUUAGGUGUAGAGAACCAAAUUCCAAGGUGCACAUGGUGAAGAAUCCAUAUCCAUACAAAUUUAGUCCUCUAGGAGCAGUUAUAUUUAACGGGUGCUGCAAGGGUGAUCCUGGCCAUAACACGGUAGAUUGUACCCAACCUAAGACUCCGUCGUCGAUUUUGGAUGCUAGAGAAGUGAACGAUUCAUUGAAGUAUGCGUGUAAGCAGUCGAAACUGUUGUCGGUGACGAGGAUGGCAUGGGAUGAAAAGGCAUCUGCCGAUAAUGGUCUUGCUGCGUGUUGCAAGGUUGCCACAAGGUAUUGUGGAGAGAAGGCAAAGAAUCAAGCUAGCGAUAGUACGUGUGUAUCACCUUCUACUUCGGCAGAACCAAGCCCGGCUACGUCUGCAAAGGGUACUUGUAAACCGGAAUGUUGUCAUAUGAAGGUGCAACCUACAGCUUUCCCAUUCCAUUUCAGAAAGAAGGAGCUAAUUAGGAACAGUAUUGUCAGUGCGUUUUUGUUCAUCGUCUUUGCUUUUGCCUUUGCUAAACUUCUUAUGGCAAUGAUCUUUUCGGUUCUGGAGUUGAAGCAUGGUCUUGAUUUAUCGUCCAAUUUUAAUGUAAUUGAACCCUUCUAUUUGAAAUCUGAGGACCCUUCCUUUUAUGGAUUGGGCGAUAAAAAGACUAACUCGGAGCUAGAAGAAAUUUUCAAGAAGGAGAGGGCGGAUGCUACUGUUGUCAAACCAGCGGCUGUCCCACCAGAAACUGCAGCUGGAAAACCCAAUGACACUGAACCAAGUAAGGGCGAAAAGCCGGUGGCAGAGAAAACUCCUUCACAGAGUGGUGACGGUGCCGCAAAAGGUGAAACAGAUAAUCGUGUCCAACAAGAGCCCGCUGCCCAGACCACUUCCACCGCACCUUCUGGUAUCAAGGAAGUAGAACAGCCGACGGAGGCGGCAUCAAGCAAGGAACAAGGGAAGGAAAAGGAAGGAGAGGACGAAAAGGAAAAGGUGGUUCGAGGUGAUCAACCAUCUAUAUCAACUAGGGAGCAGGAUGGCGAAGAAGAGGUGGAACCAAAGAGGGGAGAGACUGAAAUUCAAGAAAAGACACAAGACAGUGCGCCAACGGGGGAAGAAGAAGAAGACGACGAUGAAGAUGAGAAGGAGGUAGAUGAUAGCAAACUUACGUUACUUCAAUAUGAGAGGAAGCAAAUGUAUAAGGUGAUGAAACAAUACAAGCGAGUAUUCAACGAGUUGGAAUACGCAUAUGCGGACAACUGGGUACACGAAACCGUUAAGAUUAGAGAAAAGGUGGAAGAUGUUGAAAAGAUUAAAAGAAUUAGGCGUGUUAAGUGGUGUCUGGAGUCCGGGCUGAAGUCGUACGCUUACAGCAGUGCUAGGUCAAUCGGUACCUACUUGCAUGACGCGAAUAGAAAAUGGAAGGCAGAGUGGUAUCACUACGAGUCGGCAGUCCGCAAUAAACUGAAAUUGAUUGAUGACGGCACGUCUUUAUUAGAACCGGAGAACGCUGCGAAUCUCGAUAAUCCUCAAUGGAAAGUCGAGCUGGAGAACGCCAAAAUCGAGAUGUGGAAUGAAGCCAAGAAGGAUGCUAAAAAAUUCACGGAAGACUCAACGAAACUCCAGGAGCUUAAGAAAGCUGUUAAAGUAGCGGAAGGUACUCAAGUGAUUCAGAAUAUGAUCGAAUUGUGGGCCUAUAGGGUUGAAGUCAUCAACCGACUGACAGAGGAAGGUCUCAUAUUUUUAAGUUGGCAUACGUUUUUGGCCAACUGGGAGAAGAUUUUAAGUUGGAAAGAGAUUUUCCUACCGCUGUAUAUCGAGGAAUACAAGCUAGUCAACGAUCCGUGGUCACUGAUACUGGAUCCGGAUUUAUGA